AUUCGCAGCCUACUUCGCAGACUAGUCGACGGUGAGGCAUCAUGGCGAUCGGUUAGGUGCCUUUCGUAUCCGGCGUGUUACUUAGGAAAAUUUGCUGUGAUCUGUGUGAAUUACCUGUCAUCGGAGUUUCUCGGAUCGUCGUCGUAUUUUUUUUUCCCCAUCGCUUAACGAGACGUGAAUGACACGAUGGUGAAAUUGACCGAAGAGAUGGUCGUGGCUCGCACGCGAGUGUCGGACUUCUCCGCCGUGAAGAAGCUCAAUUGCUGGGGAACAGAAUUAACAGAUGUUAGCAUUCUAAGAAAGAUGAUAAAUGUAGAGGUUUUGUCAUUAAGUAUAAAUAACAUUAGCACUCUUGCUGAUUUUCAAUAUUGCCGCAGACUUCAGGAUUUAUUUAUACGAAGAAACAACAUCAAAGAUUUGAAUGAAGUUUGUUACCUCCAAGAAUUGCCUAGAUUACGAAAUUUGUGGCUCGGUGAAAAUCCAUGUGCAGAGAAAGAAGGAUAUCGAUUAGCUGUACUGCGAGCUUUGCCAAAUCUGGAAAAAUUAGAUGACAAAGUAGUAUCAGAAGAAGAAGUGCAAACUGCGAUGACAAUAGGUCAACCUUUAAUACAUCCUCUUGAAAUGGAUGCUUCUCCACAAUCAGAUGCAGUAACUCCAGAAGAUAUUACUAUUGAAUACAUUGAAGAAAUUGAAUUGGAACGACCUAGGAGAUACAGUUCUUCUAGUGAUCAGAGAAGUUUUGACGAAACACAACAUACUCAUGAAGAAUAUGACCCUGAUAGAAGAAACGCAAAUUAUAAUGCGUCAUCGUCCCAUCAUUACUCACAAAAUAAUCAAUAUGCAUAUGAGCUACAAAAUGGACAAUCAAAGAAUCAGAGCAAAGAUGACACUAUGUGUACAGAGUCACGCAGCAACAAUGAGACUGUGGCUACUAACACUCUUGAAAUAUCCAAGGAUUAUGAUGACAGACCGGUAGUACAACGACAUAAUGGGGAUGAUGAAAGGCGAGCUUACUCCGAGUAUGGUGGAAACGAAGUAUCUCAACGUAUCUAUACACCAACAUCACAGCGUGCACAGUAUACUGUCAAUGAACUUGCAGAUGAUAGACGUAAUAAUUACAGCUAUGAUGAGAGAACACGAGGAGAAUACGAGGACUCAUCGCAACCUCCAAUGCCACAAGCAAGAAAAAUGGCUGUUUAUCAUAAUGAAAGGGAAGAUACAGGUCAAGUACCACCAGGUUGGGUAAGACACUCAGAAAAAGAGAAAUGCAGAACACAAUUUCAUUAUCACAGGCGGCCAGUAACGAGGAAUUCAAAUAUAUUAUCUGCUGUGCUGUGUCUGGUCAAGGAGUUGGAUUAUCCUAGCUUAGAAGUGGUAGAAAUGGCUGUUAGAAAUCGAAUGGACGAAUUAGAAGAAUGAUGUUUCUGACACCGUCCCCAAAAUCCACAGGGGACGGUUACUUUUUCCCAAAUCGGCAACAUGUCUUCUGCUCCGAGCCCAGAAUUCUCCGACUCGCUUGAUUCUACGAUAACUAACCAAUAUACUGAUAAUGAUGAGAAUUACAACAAUGACAAACAUAUUGAUCGUCAGUUGGAAGAAAAUAAUGAUAAAUGUCAGGUUCGACGUAAAUAUGCCGAAAAAAUUUGCUCAACAAACAAUUCGAAAACAGUAUCAAUCGACCCAAAUCCAAAGUUACUCGAAAAUAAUCAAUCUGUUCAUAAAAUUAGAGACUCUGCAUUAGAUAAUUUAUCGUCGAAAGAAAAAAAGAGCAAUGAUGUAAGACGCGUAGCGAGCAGUGACAGCAUUCCUCGUGGUGGUUACAAUAAUGUCAUUUUAAACCAAGGAUGCAGAGUUUUAAGUCAAGAGUGUGUGAGAAGAUCAAAAAAUCCGGAUAUUAGAAAUACAAUUACACCGCUUCGUUAUAUUCAAUCAGCAAAAGGAACGUGGACCUACAAUUUGUAAGUUGGAUCGAAAAUUUAAUGAAUUAUAAUCUCUCUGUCCUAAAAUCAAGCUCUCUUAUGAAUAUAAAUAGAAAUAAUAUUUCUGAAAUAAAAGGAAAAAAUGAGAUAAAUUUUAGUUAGUAAUUGAUAAAAAAUUUAUGAUUACAAGAUUAGUCUCAUCAUACUAUUGGUCAGUGGAAAAAAGUAUAUGUAAAAUUUAUAUAUGAUUGUGAUAUUUCUGCAAGGUAUGAAGAGACAAAUGUAAUUAUCUUUGUAUAUUAUGCAUACAUACAUUUAACAAGAAGUUGUAAUUGCCAUUUCUAUUAAUAAGAAAUGUUUUAAAAUCGAAACUAAUGAAAUCUUCGAUUUCAAAUGUCGUAAAUCUGAUGAUUGAUUUAUGAAUAAUUUUACUUAACUGUUAUUUUUUCACAAUUUUAUUCAAUUU